UAGUUCUGAUCUUGCCUCCCACUUGAGAGUGUGUGAUUUUGUGUUGUGAACCCUGAGAGCACCCUGAGAGGGUUUGAGUUGAACUGAGCACUCUGGGACAGUGUCCAGAGUCUAGAGAAGUGUGUCCGGGUCUAAGAGAGACCGCUCGGACGUAUCAAAAGUGGCGACGAGGGCCGAAAACUGAGUCGGCGAGAACCACGUGUGGACGGUGAGGCUGACGCAAGAGGGUCAGCGUGAGGCAAGAAAUCCGGAAAAAUCAAGAGCAUCCGGACAGUGGUCGCAAAUUGGAUGUUUCAAGAGUGAGUGAAAAGUGUUCAAAAUGUCCAAGAAAGUCAUUGAACCGUAUCAAGUUGGUGGAGUAUUGACUUAUACGCAAUAUUUGACUAGGUGGGACAUCCAUUUUGCGGUUAAGGACUUGACUGGAGACGAUACUGACGCGAAGAAGAGGAACAUGUUUUUGGACAAUCAGGAUCCGGAAUCUUUUGCAGUGGCAGAGAAAGUGUGUCCAGAGGGAGUGAUGAAGGUGAAGUACACAGAGUUGACUAAGAGACUGAGUGAGUACUACCAAGGACAAGAACCUAAGAAAAUUGUCUACAAGCAUGAAUUCAAUACAAGAGUGCAGAGACAGGACGAGGCAGCGGCUGUCUACAUUGCAGAGUUGACCAGUUUGGCUACCAAAAGUGGUUAUAAGGACAAAGAUGAGGUGUUGGUAGCAAGACUCAUCUCUGGUCUGAGAGACAACAAGUUGAGGGAGAAGCUGUUGACAGAAGAUGACAAAACAUUGACUCUGCAGUUUGUCAAGAACAAGAUCAUGGCUCAUGAAGCAGCAGAGAAGAGCGCACAGUCCCUGGAGUCGAGAGCGGCUGUGGAUAUGCACCGAAUUGGGCCGCCUAGAAGGCAGUUCAAUGUGAAGAAGCCUGACAGCAGAGGAAGUCAGCAGCAAGGCCAGCUGGCUGGGAAAAGCUGGCAGUGUUAUGCUUGUGGACAAAGUGGACAUUUCAAGAAAGAUUGCAAGUUCAAAAAUUCAAAGUGUUUGAAAUGCAAGAAGGAAGGGCAUAUUGCCAAAGUGUGCAACCUCAAUGGACACAGAGCUUACCAAAUGGAUGGCCAAGACCUGGACGAGGAGGAAGAAGAGGGUGGACAAGAGGAGAAGGAGCAGUAUUUGGCUGUGACCAACUACCUUCUUCAAGUGGAGUCGUCCUCGCCAGCAAUCUCGGCGACUGAGAAGGUGAUGUUGGACGUGCCUGUCCAAGGCAAAUUGCUGAAGAUGGAGGUGGACACAGGCGCCACAUUCAGUUUGAUUGGACAUUCGACGUACUGUGAGUUUUUCAGACAGACACUCCUGCUCCCAAGCCGUGUCAGAAUGAAAGCUUGGGGUCAGGACGGAGAAAUUGCUGCCCUUGGCCGAGUUUAA